CUUGGCCAGCGCCUCGCUGUGCGCUUCUCUCCCCCAGCCCUCCGCUGCUCUGGACCUUGUGCAUGCACAGCCGCAAGGGUCCCGCGCCUGUUCACCGCAAUCCUGUGCGGGCGAGCUCAUCACCCACAACACAAAACGUGCGGUAUGUCGCCCUCCCGGUCGCCUGCCCCCCAUCAUCAAUUCCACCGUCGCCACCGGACAAGCCGCAGCAGAUCUAGCAGUCACGAGCGUUGCCGUCGCGAGGAUGACUCGUACUCUGCUGCACGUCCACCGCGCGACGGCGCGCCGGCCAGCAACCAGCGGCGGGCUGAGCACAAUUUGACGGCCCACUCUUCGCGUCGUCCGCGCCGAGAUGAUAGCAGCCGCUCGGCAUCACCACCACCACCGCCCAAGCGUCGGAGAAGGUCGCGUUCGCUGACGGGCCAGUCACGGUCACGGUCGCCGUCCCGGUCACGCUCGCCUCCGAGACCACGUCGCCGCCGCGAGACGUCUCGGAGCCCUGGCCGUGGUUGGGGAAGGAGCCGUCGUGAGACGAGAGGAAGGAGCCCGCAUAACCACGCGGGCAGAAACGAGAGGGAUGCGAGUCACAGACGACGGGGAAGGGACGAUGAAGACUCGAUGAGCAGAAGUCGCAGCCCUCUGGGACCCAGCGAACGUCACCAGCGCCGUCGCCGCAGUGCCAGCCGCAGCCGCAGCCGAGACCGGCGUGACAAGGACAGGAAGGACAGACACGACCGGAAGCCUCUUCCUUCACAGGAAGUCGCCUUCCGAGGUGGAGACGGUGCUGGUCGUGAGCUCGACUCGACCGGUGCGCUUCAGAAACCGAUCGAGAAGGAGAAGCCCAACUUCAAGCCGACCGGCUUGCUCGCUAAAGAGGCCAACACGGUGGCCGGCACCAAGAUCGUGCUCAAAUACCAUGAGCCGCCCGAGGCGCGCAAGCCGCCUCCGAGCCAGAAGUGGCAGCUGUUCGUUUUCAAGGGCGACGACAUCGUGGACGAGAUUCCGCUGUACACGCAGAGCUGCUGGCUGCUGGGCCGGGAGGCCGCGGUGGCCGACGUGCACGUCGAACACCCGAGCGCAAGCAAGCAGCACGCCGUCGUGCAGUUCCGACACAGCGUAAAGACCAACGAGUAUGGCGACAGACUGAACGUCGUCAAGCCGUACCUGAUCGAUCUCGAGAGCGCCAACGGCACGCGCCUGAACGGCGAGAGGAUCAAGGACAGUAGGUACUAUGAGAUUCGGGACAAGGACGUGGUCAAGAUUGGGCUAAGUGAUAGGGAGUACGUGUUCCUGCUGCCGACGGGGACUUGAACCGGGCGGAAGAAAGGGGAGUCCAGGAGGAGCAGAGACUGGAAGUUCGCUAUGUAACCACAGUGCUUAUACAUAGACCCUUAUUAUGGACAGCUGGUUUUGCUACCUUUGAGCCGUACCAUCUUGCCAGGCGCCGGCAAUUGCCUCUCCAUGAGUACAACCACGCCGGCAUUGUUUCCCAACCGCUACAUCCUGCAUGAUGCUCAAGCCCUUAAACCGCAACCCUAGAUCCUCUUGCGUCCGGCAGAUUCACAUCAUCAAAAUCCAUCUCCUCCUGUCAAGACAAUCACAAGCAAACAUCUGGACCCGCUCAAGCUUCGCUAAGACCGCUCUCUGUCCCUUAGUCGCCCCAAGUCCUGGCCGCACCGUCACCCUGUCAAAACAUAAGCUCAGACGACAAGCUGCUUGAAGAGUGUUUUCUGCUUCUGAGUGUGAGGCCAGCAAUUGGCUGCGGGGAACCGCAGGGCUUGCUCGCUCACAAAACGGACGAUCAGCGUUAGUUCCCGAGCAAUGGCGCCUCGGUCGGCACCCCCAUUU